CUGAGCCGUUCUGCCGCUCCAAUUGGUGUGCUUCUCUGCAUGCUCGCACGUUCACACGAGACGCCAGAGGUUGACAGCCGCUAACGGCCGCUGUUUCCUCGCAGAUCACCUGGGGACGCCCAUGAGGCGAUGAAACUGAAGGGAACACUGCGAGAUGGUGUACUUGUGAACCUUGUACGUACGAGGUGAACGGCUGUGCCCUGCUCUGAUAUAGCGCCGCAGGACGGUGCAGCCUCCUCCGCGUGUUUCCAUUCGCUCUGAAAGAUGUCGCGCAUUACAGGAGAUGAUCUUCCGCCUGAGAUACUGUCGCGUAUUCUCGAUAGUGUCAUGCCAGUCGAUAUCAGCCGGAACUUGGCCGAACGUCGCCGGUCAAAACACAAGCUCGUCGGAUCCAGCCUCGUAUGCAAGCACUGGUCCGAAGCCAUCAGACCUAUCCUCUUCCAAAUACUCCAGUUGCGCAGCGCCGAAGACGUACGGUUCCUCAAGAACAUCGUCAUCAGUCCCACUUUCGCGACCUCAUCUCUGUCCAAGGCCAUUCGGCAGAUAGAUAUCUACCAAGAAGCUACAGAGGCGAAAUCUUGGCUUCACCAUGUCCACGGACUUUCAACCCGUCUCCGGGACACAAGAUUCCACUGUACCGUCGUGAGCCCUGCGGGCGAUACUGUAUCUGCACCCUGCCGUUGGGCCCCAUUUCAAUUGAUACCCAAUGUCACUCCAUCCUACGUCAGACUCUCAGACCUUACCCUCAAAGGCGUUGUAUUCACGAGCACAACCGAUCUUGCACGACUCGUCGACAGCUUUUCCACGCUCGAGUACUGCAACUGCAACCAACUCACCUUCCUUGACUCGUCGCCAGUUGUCCAGUCACGCAGAGCCCGUCGACGUCCUUCAUCGGCCCUCUGGAUGUGCGAUAUCUCGCGGUGUAAGGAUAUGGCGGUCUCUGACCAAGCGGCGCUAGCUGUUGACAUCCUUGCGGUUGGUCCAAGUCGUCGCAUGGGCGUUGACGACCGCGCAUGGGAUGCGACUCUUCAAGCGUUGUUUGCAUUGGUACCAAACACAUUCGAAGCGGCGCGUGUGUCGCUUCAUGAUUGGAACGGCAGUAUGUUUGGCACGGCGAUAAUCUCGGGCCAUUCAUGUAAUCAAGAUGGGUCUCUGGGCGAUUAUCUCAGAGCCAAAAUUAGAGUUUGCCAACCGAGUGUGGGCCAGGAUGCGGGAUCUCCAUUCGCGCAUGUCGAGAGCAUCGCUCUCCAACUCUCAUUCGAGGAUGUCGAAGCCGUGGAUGCCCUUGAUUGGGACGCCUUGCGAGCCGUCGUUGAUUCCCCGCCCAUGCACUACCUUCGUAUCCACUAUUUCGAGCAACAAAACAAAGAUUUCGAGGCAGCAAAGAGAAUCCUGUGCUCUGUGCUGCGCCGCACGCAGCUGACCUGGGCUCUCGAGUCGGGUAAACUGCAGUUCGGGCAGUUCUUUGGUGAUCCCGCCACGAGUGCAGAUAUCUCGUCAGUACCAGCGGAACACACCAUCGACGGCACCACAAUCACCCUUGACAUUGCCGAACAAGCCGAGUGGUUGCUGAACCCUGUCCGGCGGUACCUAGAUAACAUUACAAGAGAGGAAUACCUACGACGGCUCGUAGCUGCGCGCGUGAGCGGAACAUCCGCAGACACGGGCUCAGAGGCCGCGCCACCUACCGCAGGUAGUACUCAGCACACGGCGCUCGAGCAAAUCCAUGAAGUGGCAGGCGACAGUGUGCAAGGAAUCGAAGUGCACGAGGGAGUGGGCGGUGAAGGCGAGGAAGACCUGGCAACGGAGACGUAGGGCGGGCGUGGAUAUCGAGCGGUAGCCGGGUGCGCUGUCGGGCGAGCGGACGAACUUUGGGGCAUAAAUGAGUCGUGGGCAGAAGCGUGACUCGCUGCAGGGAGCUUGAGAUGUCGUAUCGGAGCCGAGGAAGCAAGAGUUUCAGUGCGGCAGUACAGACAAGGGUCAUUGAGGAUGACGAGAAAGUGAAGGAGCGACGGGGGGAUGAAGAACCGUGACCCGGCGGAUAUUUUGGGCGGCCCUCCCUGGGUGCGGGCGAAGACGAUUUUCGGACGGUUGUACUGAGGCUGGACACUCGCGGCGCGAUUACUGCGAAUGCGCAGAUGAUUUUCUAAUAUUAGAACCUCCAAUCUGAUUUGUCAUUGCUAAGAGUCUUCUGUUCACACUUGAUCAGCGCUCAGACGUUGCAUAUAGUUCCAAUCUUCGACUGUUGCUCUCCAUGUUUCUACUCUCUCGGAGGGCAGCUACGCGUUUGCCGCUCAGUUUACCUUAUUGUACCUUGUCUUCCCUUAUCUAAUUGCUUGUCACCCUCUGUUGUUACUCUGUUCGUAGGUUGUAUGUAGUGGCGGAUUGAGAUUAAGAGAUGAAACUGGAUAAUAUUAUUUUU